AUGUCGGAAAAGUCGAGCUCUCGAUCGAAGCGCAACUCCCCGAAACGCAGUCUUACGUCCGGCUCAGCAACAAGCGACGCGAAACGCCGCAAGAGCGAGCAUGUCAAGAAAUUCACCGAAAUGAAACUCGAUGACGUCGAGCAGAUCUUUCAGAAGUCCCGAGACGCUCUCAACAAAGCAGAGGAACUGUACCAAGACGCUGAAAAAGCACGCACUGAGAAGCUAGAGACCUACAUGGAUGCCACAAUGGCCAUGACAGGUGCGCACCAGAUAUUAUCGAGUGCCAUGAUUCGGAAGGCCAAUGCGACAAAGGACGUUGCGAGACUGGAGAUGAUUAAGGAUGCUCGGGAGGCGAUCGAGAAACGAGGUAAUCUGCAAACUCAAGUCGAGAAGCAGAAAAAGGAACUAUUUGCGCUUGAAACCAAGCUCUUGAUGUGGGACAACAUCGCCAACAUGGCGGUGGAGAACCUUAAAGAAGACGAUUUGGAACAUCUUUUUCAGUUUCAGGGGUAG